UCCUCCGUGCCGGCUCGCCGUGGCAGGCAGGGGCAGCGCCGCCUCUCCCAGCCGGCUGGGCCUGGAAGCUGCGGCCGGGGCCCCGGCUCAGGCUGGAGCUAUGAGCUCGGAAUCCCUGUGGCUGCUGUGCCUUGGGUUGUGCCUGGGCCGUGCAGACCAGGGGAGCAAUGAGACACUGCCCAGGCCCUCGCUCUGCGCCUGGCCCAGCUCCCUGGUGGAAGUGGGGAGCAGCGUGAUCCUGCUGUGCCGGGCCGGUUUCCAGAACGCCACCUUCGUGCUGAGGAAGUUGCUCGACCCCGGGUUCAAGCGAGAGCGGAGCUCAGCAGAAACCAAGGCCGAGUUCCCCCUGGCUGGCCUGCGGCCCGAGGAUGCCGGGGGCUACUCCUGCGCCUACAAGACGGCAGCCGCCCGCCAGUGGUCAGAGCCCAGCAGGCACUUACAGCUGGUGGUCACAGGAUCCCUGCCAGCACCUUCCCUCUUGGUCAGCACAGACCCUGAAGUGGCUCCAGGUCACAGGACGCUCCGGUGUCUGAUUCCCAACAACGGCACUGAAUGCAUCGUCACUGCUCUGCUGAAAACAGGCAUCCCAGAUCCCUUACAAGUCAAGGAAGGGAGAGAAAACCAAAUGGACUUCACGCUCCGGAACGUGACGAGCAAGGACGGGGGAAAGUACAGCUGUGUGUACUACCAGUGCCACUGGCCUCACCUGGGCUCCGCCCGCAGCGGCAGCCUGGAGAUGCAGGUGACAGAUGAAAGUGAUGGACCUGGAGCUCGGGCCACAAAAACAGGCCCCGGAAACAUCCUUGUGGCCACCUUCAGCGGCCUGGCCAUCGUCUCCCUCUUCUUCUGUGUCUUCCUGGUGAUCUGGUGCACAGGGCAAGAUUCGCCAGGUGGAGACUCCACCCAGAGCAGCAGCCAUUCCACAUUUCCCAAGCAGGAGACUUCAGCAGAUUUCUCUCACCUGGGAAAGACCGCUGUCCCCGAAGUGACCUGUGUUGAGCCGAGCGCCGAAGACAUACCCUCCGAGGUGGCUUCUGUCCCCGCUGAUGUGACCCCAGGAUCCCAAGAAGGUGCAGUGCGGGAAGUGUAGAAGAGGAGGGGACCCCGUGAGGGGGAUUCAGGGCACGUGGUGACUGGCGUGUGGACCCCCACUUGUCUCUCUGGCCCUUGCUCAUCACCAUGUCAAUAAAAGAAGC